GUAGCACACAGAGAGCUACAGUGAGAGAUAACUGAUCGCUUCCUUUUCUUACAUACAGAUUCGAAGGUGACACCAGCUGUGAAAAUGGAAUAUGGAAUGGACCUGAUCCAUGGUUCUGGGAUCCAGAUGGUGCAGUACCUUCAAACCAACUACAAGGAUUCCCAAAACCUGUUCCUGUUCAUCUCAUUUGCUGCAGAUUUACGAAACACCUUCUUUGUCUUUUUCCCAAUCUGGUUCCAUCUCUGCGAGUCAGUAGGCAUUAGACUCAUUUGGGUGGCCGUGAUCGGUGACUGGUUGAAUCUUGUUUUUAAAUGGAUUCUCUUUGGACAAAGACCAUACUGGUGGGUAUAUGAGACCACCUUCUAUAGCAACUCUUCAGUCCCAGUGGUUGAACAAUUCCCAGUAACAUGUGAAACUGGACCAGGAAGUCCCUCUGGACACGCAAUGGGCUCAGCAGGAGUUUACUAUGUGAUGGUCACUGCUCUUAUUACCCUUCUUCUCCAGAAAGAACAACAACAGUUCAAGAAAUGGUGCACUCACAGCCUGUUGUGGAUGUUGUUUUGGGGAGUUCAAGUCUGUGUCUGUUUGUCCAGGAUCUUUCUGGCAGCCCAUUUCCCUCACCAGGUCAUUGCAGGAGUGAUUUCAGGUAUGGCAGUAGCUGAAGCAUUUAACCGCAUCCACUUAAUCUACAAGGCAAGUCUAAAGCAAUAUGCCUGCACAACUGCUUUCUUGUUUGUCUUUGCUCUUGGAUUUUACCUAGUCCUCAAAGCCUUUGGAGUGGAUCUUCUGUGGUCUGUGGAGAAAGCAAAGAGGUGGUGUGCCAAUGCUGAGUGGAUUCAUAUUGACACAACCCCCUUCGCUGGCCUCCUAAGGAACCUGGGUACCCUCUUUGGUCUGGGGUUGGCCCUCAGUUCCCAACUUUAUACUGACAGCUGCAAAGGAGAGCAAGGACAAAGGCUCAGCUUUAAACUUGGUUGCAUUGUGUUUUCCUUAAUAGUUCUACAUUUAUUUGAUGCCUUCAAACCACCAGCAAGGAAUGAACUACUGUUUUACUUCUUGUCCUUCUGCAAGAGUGCUGUCGUACCUCUGACAGCUGUAGUGAUCAUCCCAUACUGUCUGUCUCACAUCACAAGGACAAAUGACAAGAAGACCUUAUAGGACUAUAAAAGAAACAAUGUAGCACUAUGUUCUCUGAUACAGCCAUAUAAGCAAAGACUCAAACAUGGCAGGGUUACAGAACUUCGAGUCAUGUGGGAAUACUUAUAACAGAGACCAUGUGGCAUGGCUAAAGCUAUAGGUAACUUGCUGGACAAGUUACAAACCUCUUACUGCUUGGGUCAGUAUAUUUUCUGAGGAGGCGGAUUUUUUGCUAUUGAGAAUUUGGCAGUUCUGCAGAUUUUAGAGUGCAGUACUCCACAUAUGAACAAAAACUGUGCAUAGAAAUUCUAAAAUUCCCAUUUCAGAUGUCAGUUUAAAAGAAUACAUAUACUAAACUCUUGGCUUCUGGGGCUUUGCAUGUGUGGGCCUGUUAGGAUAUUGUCGAGCUAUAAAUACUAAACUCUGAUAGUAAGAAGCAGCCGUCUGUCUAAUCAUAUUUUAUAUGUAUGAUGGAAUUGUGGUUUUUGUAUUUAUUUUUAACUAGAAAGUUAAAUACUGUGUUUCUGCUUGCUUGCAGUUUUUUUGUUUCUGAUAUUAUUUUAUUAAAAUAAAUUAUUUUGUAAAAAUGU